UUGAUUUUUGAAAAUUAGGGAUGUUUGAAUAAUCAGUGUCUGUUUGUGUUUUUAGGCAUAACUGUAAUUAGGAUUAACAAAAUUAGCCAUGAUUGAUUGCUUUGUGUCUGUUUUUGCGAUAAACAUGUUAGCAAGCUUCUUGUAAUCAUUGGACUAGCCACUAAACUAAACCACUAGAGAAGAAUAUUGACGAAGUUGCUUUCUUAGUCGUAUUGUUCUUGUAAUCAUGGUUUUGAGGUUCUUGCGUAUCGUUUUCUCCAAUUGUGGUGAUGUGUUGUUGAGAAGCUUUUUCCGGGUGCGAUUCAGCUUGCUCAGGGAGUUAGGUUGGCUAUGGCUGUUUUAGCUAGGAUUUAUCGCGAUAUUGGUGUCUUGAAAGUGCAUCUCGCUGGUAGUAGGGAAAAAGAGACCGUGGUGGUGAAAGUCUCCGCUUCAGUUUGUGAAGGUUUGGGCUUUAGAGAGAAUCAUGGAGUUUCAACUACCAGUGCAGCCAAGUCAGUUAGAGCCCUUUGAACCACAUAUAGCACGGUGACACCAACAUACUGAUCAUGCUGGCAGUCAGGAUGUGUCCUUGAAGAUAUUAGAGCGGUUGUGAACUCGGCCAAAGAAAGCUUUGAGUUUUGACUAUAGUCCCUGUGAAGAACUUCAAAUUCCAAAGGUUUAAGUGGAAAAUGACCGUUUGAUUCGUGUAAUAAGACCUGAGAGACCACUGUAGGCUUUGGUCGGUGUUUGAGGUUCGCAAAACUGGUUGAGUGUUUUUUUCCAUAUAUUAAAAGGUAGGGUUCAAUUAAUAGAGUUAUCAUCUCCCCUGCCUCUAAAAUCAUCAUGAAGCUUAGAAGGAGAAGGGCUUCGGAAGUGGUGAGUGUUCCUAAACCACGUUAUUAAAGUGAUUGAUUAUGUUCUUCGUAAUACCUCCAAGUGGUCUAUGGUUCCGAGGAGAGCUUGUUGCCUGAAUGCUUAUACAUUAUCUUUCGGAGGGCAAAAGAUUUUGGGGGUGGAGUAUUCUCGCUUGCUGCUACCAUCAUGUGUGAUCUCAUUCAUAAAGAUCCCACUUGUUUCAAUGCUUUAGAUUCAGCUAGUAUAACGUCUUGUUCUUGUUUGUUUUUGGAUUAAUAAUGCAGCUCGGCUACUAACAGGUUGAUCACAUCAAAGGAUCAUGCAUUGGUCAUCUCGAUGCUGAUGGGGUGUACACUGACAUUGUUAACACUUUCUUGAAACGAUAUAGGGUGAUGCCGACAGUGGAGUCAACAGGCUAUGUCAGAAGAAGAAAGUUGAAGCCAAACAACAUUAUAAACCGGAUCUAGUUUUUCUGUUUUACUCCGGUUUAAAUUAACAAGUCGGAGCGGCGGAGAGGGAGAGAGAGGAAGGCGAUGAUGUUAAACCCUAGCAAUGGCGGAACCGAGGAAGAGGAGAAGAAGAUGAAGAAGGCGAAGGUGAUUGUGAUAAUGGGUCCAACAGGGUCUGGGAAAUCUAAGCUUGCCGUUGAUUUGGCGUCUCAUUUCCCGGUGGAGAUUAUAAACGCUGACGCAAUGCAGAUUUACUCUGGACUCGACGUUCUCACCAAUAAGGUCACCAUCGACGAGCAGAAAGGAGUGCCUCAUCAUUUACUUGGGACAGUGAGCCCAGAUUUGGAGUUCACAGCUAAGGAUUUUAGAGACUUCACUGUUCCACUUAUUAAAGAGAUCGUUUCUCGCAAUCACAUUCCAGUUCUUGUUGGAGGAACAAAUUAUUAUAUACAGGCUGUUGUGAGUAAAUUUCUUCUUGAUGAUGCAUCAGAAGAUACGGAGGAGUGUUGUUCAGAUGUUGCUUCAGUGGUUGACAAAGGCUUGGAUGUUGAGUCUGUCUGCGGGAGAGAUGAUUUGAGCCAUGGAUAUGACCUUCUAAAAGAGCUUGAUCCUGUGGCAGCAAACAGAAUUCACCCCAAUAAUCACCGAAAAAUUAAUCGAUUCCUGAGCUUGCAUGCUAGUAAAGGAGUUCUUCCAAGCAAGCUAUAUCAGGGAAAGGCUGCAGAGAACUGGGGCUGCAUCGAUGCCUCUCGUUUUGAUUACUGUUUGAUAUGUAUGGACGCGGAAACCCCGGUACUGGACAGAUAUGUUGAACAAAGAGUCGAUUCCAUGGUAGAAGCUGGACUACUCGAUGAAGUAUAUGACAUCUAUAAACCAGGAGCCGACUAUACUAGAGGCUUAAGGCAAUCGAUAGGCGUCAGAGAGUUUGAAGAUUCCCUGAAAAUGCAUCUCUCUGGGAGACAUGCUGAACAGUUAACGAACUCAAGCAGAGAUGAUAAGGCUAUGAAGGAGAGUUUGAGGAAGACUCUGAAAUUCCCGAAAGAUGACAAGUUGAGGAUUAUGUUAGAGGAAGCAAUUGAUAGGGUGAAGUUAAAUACCAGAAGGCUCGUUCGUCGUCAAAAAAGGAGAGUGAGUAGGCUAGAAACUGUCUUUGGCUGGAAUAUUCAUUACAUUGAUGCAACAGAGUACAUAUUAAGCAAAGCUGAAGAGUCAUGGGAUGCACAAGUGAUUAAACCUGCUUCAGAGAUUAUCCGGUGUUUCCUGAUGACAGGAACUGAUACGGGUCGUGAUUUAACAUCAGGAAAGUCGCUUGAAAGAGAUCUAUGGAGUCAAUAUGUUUGUGAGGCUUGUGGAAACAAGGUACUAAGAGGAAGACACGAGUGGGAGCAACAUCAACAAGGUCGUACACAUCGUAAGAGAACCACUCGACUCAGAAUGGCCCAAACUUUGAAAAGUAGAGAUAAGCAAGAAGAACCAAUUCAUGAGUGACUCAGAUAUUACAGUAAAUGUGUGUCCCAUUUAGACUCAAAUAUUCAAAACCCAUCCCAUCAACGCAUUACGAUUUUUCUUACAUUUCCAAAAUCAAAUGUCUAUUCUAAUAAUCACAUCAGUGUCUUAUAAAGGCAUUACAAAAAAAUUGAAUGCCUAAUCUAUUGUCAACAGUUUGGUAA